AUGGUGUUUCCUAUGCGAUCGCGGCUCGCUCCCUUUCUGGACGACGGCCAGAACGAGAUCUUCCGGCCAGCUUCCAGGCUCAGCUCGCACCGGUUCUUUUCGCAUCCGUCCACCACGAUAUCUGAUUGUAUCCGCUGCCUGUGCGGGUCGCUCCGCGCCGUGAUGGGUGAGUCGCCCGGCAGCAAGCUGCAGCACACCAUCAGGAUGCACAUGCGCGGCAACUAUCUCAAGGACCUCACGGCAGAUCCGCGGACAGCCGGCAAGGAGCUGCUCGUCCUGCUGCACAGACAUGGCGUCAAAGGUAGGUGUGUGAGCAAGAUCUGACUGAGGAGAGAGAGAUCUGGCAGCGUCGUGUCGGCGUGAUGAGUGUGUGUUGUUGCGUUGCGUUGCGUGUGGUGGUCAGUGUUGGCUAUGGAUUUCGACAACACGAUGACGACCGUUCAUUCGGGCGGUGUGGUCGACCCGCAUCAUGACAGUCGGGGCGUACUCACGGUGAGGGAGGGAGGGAGGGAUGGAGGAAGAUGCAUAUGCCUGCCUGCAUUGUGUGUGCCUGUGGAUCUCUGCAGUCGCUGUCGGCUCCGGUUGCGUUGUUUGCGAAUGAUGCGCAUGAGUUGGGUUUCCAGCUGUGUGUGGUGACCUUCAGCGACCCCAACAGCCGCACCGACGACAGCCAGCUGGCCGGCGAGUCGCUCGUGCAGGCCGUCAUGCGCAAUGCCAACGCCACAGUGCCCAUACAGAGGGUCUACCCAUUCUUCCCUAGGUAGGUGUGCACCGCACCUGACCAUACCCCACACACCGCACCGAGAGAGGGUGUGUAUGUUGUGUGUUGUGUGUGGUUAUGGAUAGGAAUUACCAGGCCCCAGACGAGUACGGUGUGUUGGGGCUGUCAGGUCCGAUGGCCAACAGCAAGUCGUAUCACCUCAACCGCAUCUGUGCCGACUUCGGCGUCAAGCCCAACGAGGUGUUCCUCAUCGACGACGACGUCCGCAACUGCCUCGACGCCAUGCGCGAGGGCUACCCCACCCUGUGGGUCAACUCGCCCGGCUUCGACUUCGACAAACUCAAGAACCCAGAGGAGGGCAGCUAGCUAACGUGUGGGUGGGUGGCCCUCCGGCAUAUGAUAUGUAUGUAGAUCGUCAAGCAAGCUGCGUAGAUUUAGUAGUCAGUCGUUGUGGGAGGGAGGGAGGGAGGGAGAGAGGGAGGGAGGGCGGGUGGGUGGCUAGUUGGUUCGGGGAGGGUUGUGUGUGUAUGGUAUGCAGUUUGUUGCUCCAUGGGCAUGGCACACCUCUGCGUGUGUGUGUGUGUGUGUAUUUGUUUGUUUGUAAAUGAGUGGCAGGCUGCUGAAGGUGCUGUGGGUAUAUGACGUGACGUCAUCUGCGACAUCUGUGAGUGAGUGCAGUGGGGAGGGACACUGCAGCCUGUCGGGCCAGCCGGCUGUGGUCAGUGAGUGAGGGGCGCAGACCAGACCGAAACGCCACAUUGAAAAGUGGUGGAUCGGUCUCCUCCGCACCCUUCAGCCUGACUGCCUGGCCGACAUCUGAAAGAGACUGAGAUGCUGGCUUUGGCUUAC